UCCUCUCUUUUCUCUGCUAGGUGCAGCAUGUAUGUGAGCGUGUGUGAGCAAGCAGAGCCGCCUGUGUGUUUACAUGUCAGCCUAUCAGUACUGCCGGAUUUAGCGCAUCUGGAGAGGACGAAGGCAUUUCUCAAAUGCCCCUUAGACGAUUCUCAUCUCUGCGUAUACUCCUCUUACCCAUCUUAGUCUAGCCUGAAUCCUUGCAUCCCAGACUCCAUGCAUUUGGAGGCAUUUUGAAUUUCCUUGGCAACAUGGAGCUGCCUGAAUUAGAAUUCUCUGCAUGACAGUCCUGGUAAACAGUAGGAUGGUGUCUGGAGAGGCAGGAGGGCACAGCUACUUGGUGGCAUGCUGGCAGCCCAUCCUGAUCCUGAUGCUGGGCACUGUCCUUUCAGGCUCCACCACUGGCUGCCCUUCAAAAUGUGACUGCAAUGGCCAAGAGCGUUCCGUUGUCUGUCAUCGAAGAAGGCUGGCAGCUCUUCCAGAGGGAAUUCCCACUGAAACAAAACUACUAGACCUCAGCAAAAAUCGUCUGAAAACUCUGGGGCCUGAGGAAUUCAUUAAUUAUCCACAGUUGGAGGAGCUGCAGCUGAACGAAAACACCAUUUCAUCAAUUGAGCCAGGGGCUUUUAGUAACCUAAUGAAUCUUCGAACUCUAGGCUUGCGCAGCAACGAGCUGAAGCUCAUUCAGCUAGGAGUAUUCACAGGCAUGGUCAACCUCACACAGUUGGAUAUUAGCGAGAAUAAAAUUGUGAUUUUGCUUGAUUAUAUGUUCCAAGAGCUGUACAACCUGAGGGCUUUGGAAGUUGGGGACAAUGACCUAGUCUUUAUAUCACCCCGAUCAUUUCAUGGUCUUACCAAUCUUGAAAGCCUCAACAUUGAAGGGUAUAAAUUGGGCUCAGUUCCCACUGAUGCCCUCAGCCAUGUUCACAACCUGCUAUCACUUCGAUUACGCUAUCUGAACAUCACUGACAUAAGGGACUUCUCCUUUAAAAGGUUGUAUCGACUAAGAGUACUGGAGAUUUCUCAUAUGCCUGCCUUGAAUACUAUGGCCUCACAAAGUUUGUAUGGACUCAACCUUACAUCGUUGUCCAUCACGAACUGCAAUCUGUCUGCCAUCCCCUAUGAAGCCAUCAGUCAUCUCAGAUAUCUUCGGUUUUUGAAUCUAUCCUUCAAUCCUAUUCAUACUGUUGAAGGGAACCGACUCUUCAAUCUACAAAAGCUCCAGGCCUUUCACUUGGCUGGUGGAAAUUUGGUGGCUAUUGAGCCCUACUCUUUUAGGGGUCUCAACCACCUCCGUAUUCUUAAUGUGUCAAGAAAUCACUUGAGCACCCUUGAGGAGUCUGUUUUUCAUUCAGUAGGAAAUCUGGAGACCCUGGCUUUGUAUGAAAACCCUUUGGCCUGUGACUGCCGCUUGCUAUGGGUGUUCCGCCGGAGAUGGAGGCUUAACUUUAACAAACAACAGCCCAUUUGUGUUUCUCCCGAGAUUGUGCAAGGUAAAGAGUUCAAAGAUUUCCCAGAUGUACUGCCUCCUGACUACUUCAUCUGCCAAAAAUCAAAAAUUGUGGAUUACAAGGUUCUGGAAAGCCAUGUGGACGAAGGAACUACUGUUCACUUCUCUUGCGAGGCUGAAGGUGAUCCAGCUCCACUUAUAAUGUGGCUAUCCCCCAAGAAGGAGUACAUUACUACAAAGACUAUGGGAUCAAGACUUUCUGUAUCCAGUGAAGGUACACUGGAGGUCCGCUAUGCCCAAAUUCAGGACAAUGGGACAUACUUGUGCAUUGCCAGUAAUGCUGCUGGCAAUGACACCAAAGCUGCUCACCUUUUUGUACACAGCUACUCCCCUAAUUGGCCCCAUCAGCCAAAUAAGACAUUUGCUUUUAUCUCUAACCAGCCAAGCGAUGAAGGUGCUAAUGUGACCAGAGCAACAGUUCCAUUUCCAUUUGAUGUAAAGACACUUAUUGUGGCAACCACAAUGGGAUUCAUCUCAUUUCUUGGAGUGGUUCUCUUCUGUCUUGUAAUUUUAUUUCUGUGGAGUAGAGGAAAAGACAGCACUAAGUCAACUAUUGAAGUUGAAUAUGUGCCACGCAAAGAGGAAACAGAGGAGGCCAGUCCGACAGAGGCACCUGUACAAUUCAACAUGAAAAUCAUGUGAACUCCCAAAGGAGGUCAUGUAAACUUACAAACUGCAGUAAGGAUGCAUUCUGUUCUUAUCUAAAAUAUGUAAUCAGUUUGUGAGCUAUAGCACAGCAGCAAAUGCAUCUAGACACUAUAACUUUGACAUUUUUUUACUUCAGGGACCGAAUCUUUAAAAGAAAAAGUUCAACAUUGUUCCAGAUUUCUGUACAUGUAUGUACUGUACAGUAUGUUAACAUUCACUCAAUUCCAUGAUUUCUAUGUGGAACCAAAUAAGGAAAGCAUAUAAAUAAAGCACAGCUACAGUAAAAGACAAGCUGGUUUCUACAGAUAAGAAGUGGAAAAGUAUUUUAGCUCUUUUUGGUGUUUUUUUUUUUGACAAAGGAAAAUUAUUUUUUUUCCUGUUGGCUAUCUUUCCCAUUGAUUGUUCUUAAAAGCACACACACCUGGUAUAUGAGCCCAUACAUUCUUGCCUGAAAUGCUAUUUCUUUGUUUCUUGUACCCGUUUUAACUUUGGGAAAAUUGCAUCAUAUUUACCCCCCUCUCAUGUUGUCAUAUUGUUUCAACAAUCAUAUCUGGACUUAUUGAAAAUAACCCAGCAAUUACAAAGACCAAAAAAUAUAUAUUAAACAGAUUGAUAAUAAAUAUAGUCAUGGUUUUAAGUGAUGUAACAUCUAUAAUGAACAAUUGCUUGACUUCUUUGUCGAUUAUUGACAGAACUGUCUGUCAGCAGUGGCCUUUCUGAUAUAUAUAUAUAAAAAAAAAAACUUUAAAUCAUUUGAUGAAAAUUUCUCCAGUCUCUAUCAAAAGGUGGAAUAUUCAGCUAACUUAGUGAUGCUAAAUCUGAAAGUGUGCAUGUUAUCACACUGGAAAAGUAAAAAGCCAGUUUUUGCUUCUCUCUGCCAGCAAUGGAAGAUUGUCAUUAAAUGUAUUUAAAUGUUGUGAUAUACAUAUUUUUCUGUAUUUUAUUCCUCUGUGUAAAUUACGCUAUUGCAUAUAGUCAUGCUUUUGAUAGCUGUGGGUUUUUGAGCAUACUGCAAUCCAAAGAGCAGAUUAACUAUUCAGUAAACAUGUUUUUGAUGUACUUAACUGAAAGAAAGCACAUAACUACACCCUUAAAAUUGUUCUGAGUAAAAUUCUUUAAAAUACAA